UCACUGCCUAGAAUUCAAAAAAUAAGUUAAAAGGUUCUGAAAUAUUAGAAACUUAGGCUAGUGUAUCCAGGUCGUUAUUUGGCUUUCAGCACCAUAAUUUCAGAGCCCUUUGCUGCCAUUAAUGAUACUGCAAUUUGAGGAAGUACUUUUUCCUCCAUUUUACAGGAAUGUGGGAAUUGAGCUUUAAAGAUUGGCUUUCAGCUGUGACUGUAAGCCUUGAAUGUAGAUUUUUAUUAUUUUUUGGUGGUGGUUAUUUUCAGACCAAGAACUGUUUUUUAAUAAAAAAAUGAAGCUCUCCAUCUCCCUGUGCAUAGUGUUGUGCAAACAGUGCAACCUAAUAGAAAUGUGAUGAGAAUUUGUGCAGCUCUAGUACAGCACUGCUUUAACUACUGCACAAACCAGUACUAACAAUAAUGGUCUCAGUGUCUUAUAUUAAAGUGCAAGCAUAUCACAAAGAAGAAUCACAAACAAGGACAACAGACAGACCAAAGGUAAGAAUAAUCUAUAUAUUUAGACUUAGAACUGAAUCUAGGACAGCUCAUGCUAUUCUUUAGUUGUUGGGUACUAACAGCUUCAGAGUAUUCUGCAGUGGAAAGAUAAAAUUAAGAUGCCCUAAGAGAGACAAAUGCCUACAGAUUGCUACUAAGCUUCCAAGAGCUGAAGUCUUGGAUGACUUGACAACUGACUUAAGUAGCUCAUAGUAGCCUCUGUGGGGUCUAGUUUGGAUUUCAUGAAAUUAUAUUAUUAGGAGCUAGACUAAGGAAGGAAUGAAGGGGAGAGUAUUUCUUGUCUGUGUCAACCCUGAAUGGAUCAAAGAUCGAGGAAAACUUUUUGCAGCGUUUUCAUGCAAAAAUUUAUUCACGCAGAAUAAGAAAGUUGAAUCCAAAAACUGAAAGUUGAAGUACUGAUAUGAAAUGUUUCAGUUGUCAAGUUUGGAAUUUUCUUCUAGGACAUGAAGUAAACGUACAUCAGAAGAAAAAACAAAGCCUUGUGUGCAUAUCACUGUCAUGCUCUAAAAAUAGUAAAAGUGGCAAUAUUUGGAACCUUCUCUAGAAAGCUGAAUUAGAUUUAUAGACUAAUUCAGGUUGGAUAAGACUUCUGGAGAUCAUCUGGCCCUGUCCCCUCUCAAAGAAGGACCAACUUAAAUGAAGUUGCUUAGGACCCUGUCCAGUUGAGUUUUGAAUAUCUCUGAGAAUGGAGAUACCACAGCCUCUUCAGGGCAAACUGUUUCAAUGUUUGACUAGACUCCAACUUAAAAAUUUUUUGCUCUUAUUUAACUGAAAAUUGCCUUGCAACUUGUCUGUUGCCUCUUGGUCUGUCACUGAGACUUCCACAGUGAAUUUGACUUGGUGUCCCCUUUAGCCUCCUUUUUAUUCUUAGUGUUUUGUGCUGUGCUAAGCAGUAACAUCUGUUAAAACUACAAUUUUCAUGUAGUUAAGAUGUGACAGGAAUGUAUUUCUUAACAGGAUUCACCAGCAGGUUUAAGCACAGUUCUGACCUUUGUAUGCCAUCAUGACUUACUCAGGUUGGUAUCUGAUAAAUCAGUUGGUUUUCUCUGACUGAAGAGUGAAGAUGUUCCAGUUUUUCUUUCCUGGAUGUUUAUGUUUCUUUGAGCAUGGAAACAGAAUGAUAAUUUAAUUGUAUCUGAAUACUUCUAUGAUGAGACUUACAAGCAUUUUAUAUUAAUAAUUAACCAUUUCUUAGUUGAGAAGAAAUCAGAUUUAUUCAUAGAAAGAACUCUAUCAGUUUUCUGAAAAGGUGGUAAGUAGAAGUUUAAAUUAAUAAUUAACCAAUUGCAAAAUAAUGACCUCUUUAGUUAAAGAACAGAUUCUGACUUAACAAGCUGUUAAAAAUCCUUAAAAGUAGAUGUCUUGAUAAUCACAUAUUCAAAUAGUGAAGUUGUAUGAAAUCUUACAUAUUUAUACAUGUGUUACCAUUGAUAGUAUUUUGCUACAACAUAUGUUAAAUAGGAUUUGGUUUCUUAGUAACUUUGAGUUAUUAAGGCUUCAAUAGCACUGCCUUUAGAUAAUUAGAGGAAUAUUUGAGAUGUACCUUCUAAGAGGACAAGAACAAAGUUCCUUAUUUGAGUUAUUUGAUGUGUAUUUUCAAUUUAGGGUGUACAGAGUGAUCAGAUUUAUUUGGGAAGUUUUUCACCCAUUCAUGAACAUAAUGAUCAGAAGAUUGAGCUAACUUCCUUUCAAUGACAGAGAAAAAAGUGGAAGCUAGAAACUGAACGGAGCUAAAGGGCCACAGAUGAAAGAACAUGAACAUUUCUGAAGGUGUGAGAUGUGUCUGACAGUGACCUCCUAACCUUCACAAUAAAGAAGAGUUUUUCUACAGAAGCUUAGGAUAUCUUUAGUCCAACUUCUUAAUAUACUGAUGGAAUGGUGUUCUGACAACAAUUCUCUGUAGUGAAGUACUUACCCUACUAGAGGACGGUGUUAGUUUCCCUGCUGAUAAUGCAGCUCCAUGGAGGACAGUAAUGCUUGGAUAAGCAUGCGCGAGGAUCGCUCCUUCCACGUGCGAUACAGGAUGGAGGCUUCCUGCCUGGAGCUGGCUCUGGAAGGUGAGCGCCUGUGCAAGGCAGGAGAUUGCCGGGCUGGUGUGUCGUUCUUUGAAGCCGCUGUCCAGGUUGGGACUGAAGAUUUACGAACCCUGAGUGCUAUUUACAGCCAGCUGGGCAAUGCCUAUUUCUACCUGCAUGAAUAUGCAAAGGCCUUGGAAUACCACCACCAUGAUUUAACUCUUGCAAGGACAAUUGGAGAUCUACUGGGAGAAGCUAAAGCUAGUGGGAAUCUGGGCAACACCUUAAAGGUACUUGGGAAUUUUGAAGAAGCUAUCGUUUGCUGUCAAAGACAUCUGGAUAUUUCCAGAGAGCUUAAUGAUAAGGUUGGAGAAGCAAGAGCACUGUAUAAUCUCGGAAAUGUGUAUCACUCUAAGGGGAAAAAUGUAGCUAGUGCGGGGACUCACGAUCCAGGGGACCUUCCAGAUGAUGUGAAAAAUGCUUUACAAAAAGCUGCAAAUUAUUAUGAGGAAAAUCUGACUAUAGUAACAGAGCUGGGUGACAGAGCAGCACAAGGACGUGCCUUUGGAAAUCUGGGAAACACACACUAUCUUCUGGGCAACUUCAGGAGUGCAGUUUUAGCCCAUGAACAGCGUCUCCUAAUUGCAAAAGAAUUUGGUGAUAGAUCAGCGGAAAGAAGAGCGUACAGCAACCUUGGAAACGCCUACAUAUUCCUGGGUGAAUUUGAAACCGCUUCAGAGUACUACAAGAGGACACUGCAGCUGGCUCGGCAGCUGAAGGACAGAGCCGUGGAAGCACAGGCCUGCUACAGCCUCGGGAACACGUACACUCUGCUCCAGGACUACGAGAAAGCCAUCGAUUAUCACCUGAAACACCUUGUGAUUGCUCAGGAAUUAAAUGAUAAAAUUGGUGAAGGAAGAGCGUGCUGGAGUUUAGGGAACGCAUAUACUGCUCUGGGAAACCAUGACCAAGCUAUCCACUUUGCAGAAAGGCACCUGGAGAUUUCAAGAGAGGUAGGAGACAGAAGUGGAGAACUCACUGCCAGACUUAAUCUCUCAGAUCUUCAAAUGGUUCUUGGAUUAAGCUACAGUACAAACAACUCCAUGAUGUCAGAAAGCCAUGUGGUAGAAAACAGUUUCAAUGGUACCAGACCGAGAGCAGGACGCCGUCACAGCAUGGAGAACAUGGAACUUAUGAAAUUAACCCCAGAAAAGGUUCAGAACUGGAACAGUGAGAUUCUUGCUAAACAGAAACCACUGGUUGCCAAACCUUCAGCAAAACUGCAUUUUGUAAAUCGACUAAAAGGCAAAAAGUACAAAACCAGCACCACUUCCAAAGUUUUGCAGGAUGCCAGUAAUUCUAUUGAUCAUCGACUUCCCAACUCCCAGAGGAAAAGCAGUCGAGAGACAAUGGCAGAUGAAGGGUUCUUUGAUCUGCUGAGUCGAUUCCAGAGUAACAGAAUGGAUGACCAGAGGUGCUACUUCCAGGAGAAGAACAGACUCCCAGCUGCUUCAGUGGCAAAAUCCUCUACUCCACCUAAAACAAUGCGAAAAUCUUUCUCCACUUCUGUGGUGUCCCCACACACAGAUGAGUUUCUGGACCUCCUGGCGAGCUCGCAGAGCCGCCGGCUGGACGACCAGCGUGCCAGUUUGAACAACCUGCCCGGGCUGCGCCUCCCCCAGCGCGACAGCCAGGCCGUGCUGGGGCACCUCAUGGCCAGCAGCAACAGGGAGCUGGAUGAUGACUUCUUUGAUAUAUUGAUAAAAUGCCAGGGUUCCAGACUGGAUGAUCAAAGAUGUGCUCCUCCAGCAUCUGCAAAAGGAUCCACUGUACCAGAUGAGGAUUUUUUCAGCCUCAUUUUACGAUCACAAGCUAAGAGAAUGGAUGAACAGAGAGUCCAUUUACCCUCAGCUAUAAAGGGACCAAAUUCUAGCUGAAGACACACACAGAGGAAUGUACUGUACAGCAGCAUCUUAGGUAUCAUUUUUGUUUGCCUUUUUAAAGAUGACUGCAACUAGUAGUUUUGUCUCCUUUCUAAUGAUUUUCCAUAGAAAUAGCAGCAGCAUCACCUGUGUGACUGUAGUUAGAGUUGCCCCUGCUCAUGCAGUUGGCAGCUGCUUUUAUAGCAGUCUGAGAUACCAUUACUGUCUCUCCCUCUUAACUGUCUCUAGUCUAUCAACAUUAAUUUUUUCUCUGUCAGGAUUAUCAGUGCUCAUGUGUGGAUUCUACUACUGUCUCAAUCUAGUGUAAGACCUAAAUUUUUAUGUUGUUUUUAAAGAAAACUUGAUUUUUCCCCCCCUGCUUUGUACCUCCUGAAAAAAAGGUCCUGUUUUCUUUUAUACUUUUUUUAAAAAAUAAAAAAUUGAGAAAUAGCUUCAGUAGUUA